UGUGGAUUGAGUGCGUUUUGGUGGAUAGCACAGCAGGGGGCGGCAACAGGAACAAAAACAACAACAACGUUCGCUGCAACCAUCUCGUCCAGCAGCCCACAUCAUCAUCCCACCACCUUUGUUGUGUGUUGUUGUUUGUGAGGUGAGGUUGGAUUGUUGAUUGGAGGCAGCAGACACCACACAGACCACACACAGGCCACACACACAGCAGCCUGGAGGCAGCGCAGCCAUGUCAUCCUUCAGCGCCAUGUUGCGGCCAAAGCUGGCUGCUGAAGGCCUAAGACCACAGGAUGGCGUUCCUGACAUGACCCACAUCUCCAACAUCGACGUCAGCGGCAUCAACACCAACCUGCGCGUUCGCUUCAACAGGGACGAGAUCUACACGUACACGGGCUCCAUCUUGGUCGCCGUCAACCCAUACAAGAGCCUGCCCAUUUACGAGCAGGACACCAUUGACCAAUACUCUGGAAAGCGCAUGAGCGACCUUCCGCCUCACGUGUAUGCAACGGCAGAGGCCGCCUUCCAGAACGUCCGCACCUCAGACACAAACCAGUCGUGCGUCAUCAGCGGCGAGUCUGGUGCCGGCAAGACGGAGACGACCAAGUUUAUUCUGCAGUACCUGUGUGCGGUCACCUCGACCACCACGUCGUGGGUGGAACAGCAGAUCCUGCAAGCCAACACCAUCCUGGAAGCUUUUGGUAACGCGCGAACCACCCGCAACGACAACUCCUCUCGCUUCGGAAAGUUUAUCCAGGUGUGCUUCGACAACAACUGCGAGAUUCGCGGAAGCAUCAUCCAGGAGUAUCUGCUGGAGCAAUCGCGUAUUGUGAAGGUGGCAAAGGACGAGCGCAGCUACCACGUCUUCUACCAACUGCUUGCUGGCGGAGACAAGGAGCGGUUUCUGCUGGAGCCAAAGGAAUCGUACCAGUUCCUGAACCAGAGCGGAUGCUACACCCUCGAGGACUGGGAUGACAGACAGGCGUACGACGACCUGCGGCUUGCGAUGACGGUGCUGAACAUCAGCGACGAGCUGAUUGACGGCAUCUUUGGGCUCGUGUCAGCCAUUCUGCACAUUGGCAAUCUCGAGUUUGUCGACAUUGAUGGCGAGACGGCCGGCCUCACCUCAAACGACGGUGCCAUUCUCGCAAAGAUUGCCCACCUCUUGGGGUUGGAUGCGCAACGACUGCGUGACAUUGUGCUGACGCGACAGAUUGUUGUUCGCGGCAACGCCACGACGAUUCCAUUCAAGCACACCGAGGCGAUCAACAACAAGCACGCCAUGGCGAAAGCGCUGUACUCGCGGACGUUUGCGUGGCUUGUUGACCAGAUCAACAGCACGACCAACCCCGGCGAGUUUACGCACAAGUUCAUUGGCGUGCUGGACAUCUUCGGCUUUGAGAACUUUGUUGUCAACUCGUUUGAGCAGCUGUGCAUCAACUUCACCAACGAAAAGCUCCACAAGUUCUUCAACCACUACGUGUUUGACCUUGAGCAAGCCGAGUACGACCGUGAGGGCAUUGAUUACUCCCACAUCAAGUUUACCGACAACACGCUCUGCCUGGAGCUGAUUGAGAGCUCGCCAAAGUGCGUUCUCCGCCUCCUCGAUGAAGAAUGCCGCUUCCCAAAGGGCUCUGACCGGAGCUAUCUUGAGAAGCAGCACAACGCGCUGUCGAAACACCCGCACUACAUGAAGAGCGAAGACAAGACGCGAUGGGACGAGGAGUUUGGCAUCCGCCACUUUGCCGGCGACGUCGUGUACACCGUGGACGGGUUCCUGGAGAAGAACAAGGACGUGGUGCAGGACAUGCUGUUUGACCUGAUGCACUCGUCCACGUGUGCGUUUGUGCGCGACCUGACCAAGUUUCAGAACCUGCUUGAGGUUGACCGCCGCGUCAUUGUCGGCUCGAAGCUGCGCCGCAACAAGUCCAUCAUGCGCAGGGGCACCUCCACAGACAUGCGCACAAACAAAGGCAAGCCCACGGUUGGCGACACGUUCAGGCGGCAGCUCGCGGCGCUGGUGGAGGUGCUGGAGGCGACGACACCGUGGUACGUGCGGUGCAUCAAGCCAAACAGCGACAAGAAGCCGCGCCUGUACGACGACGAGCUGGUGAAGACGCAGCUGCAGUACUCUGGCAUGCUGGACAUUGUGCGCAUCCGCAAGCAGGGCUUCCCCGUGCACGUGAGGGCGGAGCACUUUGUUGAGAAGUACCACGGCAUGGCGCGCGUGAUGGGCAAGGCCCUGCCCAAGGACCCGCGCGACGCCGUCAGGCAGAUUAUGACCUUCAUCAACGCCCCGGAGACGGAGUGGCAGAUUGGCAAGACAAAGGUGUUCCUGCGCACGUCCGUGUUUGAGCCGCUGGAGGACCAAAUGCAGAAGCUUCUGCAGGCCAAGGCCCUCGACCUGCAGCGCUUGCUGCGUGGCGCCAUGGCUCGCGCCCGCUUCCAGCGCCAACGCAGGGCCGCCGUGCGCAUCCAGGCCGCCGUCAGGGGCGCUGCCCUGCGCUGGCGGUACCUGCGGCAGCGCAGGGCAGCCGUCACCAUCCAGGCGUACGUGCGCGGGUUCUUUGCGCGCGAAUACGUCAAGGAGAUUCGACGCAAGAUCAAGGAUGAGGAAGCACGGCGGAGGCGCGAGGAGGAGGAGCGCAGGAAGCGGGAGCUGGAGGAGGCCGGUGACGUCAUGAUGGAGGAGUCGGUGCUCGCCGCAUCUCGCGAGCUCCUGGCCAUGAGCCUGCAGGCACAGACGCAGGCGGACAAGGCGCAGGCCUCCACACACGCGGGCGUUGUCGACAGCCUGGACGCCCUGCUCUCCGGCAACUACAUUGCCACGCCCGCGCUGAGCAAGCUGGACCACGCCGGCAGCGCCAGCGCCAGCGCCAGCUCCGGCUACGGCUCCGACGCCACGUCCAUGACGUCUCGCUCCGGAACGAGCACGCUCUCGCGCAAGUCGUCGAAGCAAUACCUGGAGGCCAUGAGCAGCGAGCUGGACGAGCUGCUUGGCGGCGGCGAGGGCACGACCAAGCCCCCGGGUGCGCGCACGCUGCGGCGGCGCGAGCGCGUGGAGAAGAAGAUUCAGCUGGAGACGGCGCAGGCCGGUGCGGGCAUGUCGUCAUCGAUGACGGUGAUGCCGGGCGCAGCAACUGCCGGGGCGCCAUCUGGCCCGCGGGCAACGGCGGCGGCGGCAGGCGUGCUGCCUGGGGAGGCGUUCAAGCCGCACGAGUACCCGAUGAUCAAGUUUGCAGAUGCGCACUUCAACGCACACCCGCUGUCGUCAGGCGGCACGCUGGGGCGAAGCAGCAAGAGCCUGCGCCGCGGGCAAAAGUCGGUGAACAACCCCAUGCCCAAGACGGAGAUGAUUGUGUACACGAAGGCGUCGCAGCUGCCGACGUCGCUGGUGCACCUGCACAACCCGGAGAACACGGAGCUGGCGUGCAGCAUCUGGAAGGACAUGAACAAGCAGCUUCGCGGGGACCUCAAAGAGAACAGCGUGAUCCAGAGCACGCAGAGCAUUGUGGCGUACUGCCUCGACCGCAGCGAGCUCCGGGACGAGGUGUACUGUCAGCUCAUUCGCCAGGUCACCAACAACCCGUCCCCGGAGCAGCAGCUGCGUGGGUGGCAGCUACUUGCCAUCUGCGCGGCCUGCUUCUCGCCGAGCAAGCGCCUGUACCGCUACGUGAUGGCGUUUAUGAUGACGCACCAGGCGGACUCGGUGGUGGGGGCGACGGCGACGUGGGCGCUGGACGCGCUGCGGCGGACCAAGCUGCACGACCACCGGCGCCGCUCGCCGCCGUCCGUUGUUGAGAUCAACGCCAUCCGGGAGCUGCAGCCCAUCAUCUGCCGCUUCUUCUUCCUCGACGGCAAGGCCAAGGCGCUCGGCGUGCACCCCUGCUGGACGGCGCGCGACGUCAUUGAGGACCUGGCCAGCAAGAUUGGCCUGCAGUCCACAGAGGGCUGGGCCUUGUUUGAGACAACGCCGCAGGCAGAGCACUUUAUUCGCGGCACGGAGUUUGUGGCGGACAUCCUGUCUGACUGGGAGUCUGCGCAGCGCAGCUCGAUGCAGAUGAGCAAGUACCAGACGACGGCGCGGCGGCGUGGCGCCAACAGCGGCGGCGCGUCCGGCAUCACGCAGGCGCUUGGCGGCGGCGAUGCGCGGUUUGUGUUCCGCAAGCGGCUGUUCCGGAACCCGCGCGAGCUGUCCAAGGACCCCGUCGAGCACGCGCUGCUGUACGCGCAGGCGGUGCACAGCGUCGUGCACGUGGACGAGUACCCCGUGAACGAGAAGGUGGCGCUACAACUGGCGGGCCUGCAGUCGCAGGUGGUCUGGGGCAACGCGCAGGAAGGCGUGGUGUCCCGGUACGAGGACGUGGAGCAGUACCUGCCGCUGCGCAUUCGGGUGUCGGAUCCGCACGCCACCAAGGAGGACUGGACCAACAAGCUGUACAAGGCGCACAUGGAGUACGGGCGCGGACUCGAUGCUGCGCGCGCAAAGGUGCUGUACCUGACGGCGGUGCAGCACUACCCGCUGUACGGCGGCACGUUCUUCGAUGUGCAGUACAAGGGGUUCUGGUCGUACCCGGCGCGCCUGUUCCUCACCAUCCAUGCGGACGGCUUCAAGUUUGUGCAGCAGAAGACGAAGCAGGUGCUGGCGGAGUUUCCGUACUCUGCGCUGCGCAACGUGGAGGUGAACGCGGUUGAGGACACGAUUACGCUCAACAUGGACGAGAGCGCGGCGACGGAGGUGUCCAACUUCAUGUUCUACACCCCGCGCAAGGAGGACAUUGCCAACCUCAUUGCGUCCUACUCGCCCGUUCACCGCAACUGGAAGGCGGUUGGCCAGGCCGCCGUCUCCCACCGCAAGAUCACGGACAGCGACAAGGCGCGCGCGUGGGAGCUGGUGCGCUCGCACCGCUCCUUGCUUGCAGGCACGGGGAUGCUGCGCAAGGUACCCGAGGGCGGCCGCGGCCUGCUGGCCAACACGCUGCGGCGGCGCUCGUCAAAGACGGGUGCAUCUGCGGCGUCGGCGUCGGCGUCGUCGUCUGCGGGCGACUCCGCUGGCAAGGGCAGCAAGGGCAUGCCGCAGGCGGAGAUGGACAAGGCGUUCCCUGAGAAGUACUGGUCGUACACCAAGUCGAAGCUGCCGCAGCCGCUGACGGUGAUGCCUGACGGGGAGCUGGAGGACAUUGCGCUGGACAUGUUCAGCUCGCUGCUGGUGUAUGCGGGGCUCGCGUCGACGGGCGGGUACGCGGUUGAGGGCGACCGCGACCACAUUGCGUUGGUGCAGACGGUGAUUCAGCGCUGCCUUGACCGGGAGGAGCUGUGCAACGAGUUUUACCUGCAGCUCAUCAAGCAGACGACGGAGCAGCCGGACCCCAACAGCCAGAUCAACAGGCAAAACUGGUCCAUGCUCGCGCUGCUGCUGGGCGUUGUUGUGCCGCGCCACAGGGAGCUGCUGCAGUACUUGUCUGCACACCUGCGGCGGUGCGGGCUGGACGGCUCAACGGAGGAGGGCAAGUACGCCCAGUUCUGCCAGCAGUGCCUGAACCGCACGAUCAUGAACAAGAACCGCAAGUACCCGCCGUCGCGGCAGGAGAUUGUGUGCGUGACGAAGAUGCGGCCCAUCCACGCGCGCUUCUACUUUAUGGACGGCGAGUUCCGCGCGCUGAUGUUUGAUGCCGCGGCGACGACGGCGGAGGUGGUGGCGAUGAUCAAGGAGCGCAUUGGCCUGUCUGGCCGCGCGCCAGGGUUCUCGCUGUUUGAGGUGUUUGGCUCGCUCGAGCGCAACAUGCUGCCGUGGGAGAAGGUGGCUGACGCGAUUUUCAAGUGGGAGAAGUACGCGCGCAGCACCAACGCCACGCAGGAGCUGCGGCUCACGUUCAAGAAGCGGCUGUUCACGGGCAAGCCCGAGAUUCCGGCGCACGCGAUUGAGUUUGACCUGCUGUUCUACCAGGCCGUGGAUGACGUGCGCAGCGACCGCUUCCCCGUGACGCCGGAGGAGGCGGCGUACCUUGCUGCCCUGCGCGCGCAAGUUGAGCUUGGCAACCGGGAUGCGCUCGAGGUGACGAGCGGGGACCUGUACUCUGGCAUUGUGCAGAAGUACCUGCCAAAGCACCUGCGCACGAUUGUGCAGCCGGAGGACAUUGCGGCGCACCACGCACGGCUGUCCAACAAGGCGGAUGACGACUGCAACCGCGCGUUCCUGCGGUUUGUGCAGAGCUGGCCGCUGUAUGGCUCGACGGUGUUUGAGGUGCUGCAGACUUACACGCAGGCGCUGCCCAAGAACCUGUGGCUUGCCAUCAACGAGCACGGCUUCCACAUUCUUCGGCGGCGGUCGAAGGAGCCGCUCAUCUCGUAUGGGUACAAGAGCAUUGUCAGCUACAGCCCGUCCCUGCGCAACCUCAUGAUUGUCACGGGCUCGCUCACCCGCGGCACCAAGUUUGUGUUCACCACCAACCAGGCGUCGCAGAUUGCGCACCUGAUCAAGGACUACACCUACCUCAUUCUUCAGCGACGCAAGCCAGGAAAGGCCGCAGCAAAGUGAUUCCCGUCUCCCUGUGUGUGUGCGUGUAUGUGUGAUUGCGUGUGUGUGUGUGAUUGUGGUGGUCGUGCCUUCAGUGUAUUUCCCUAUGUUCGUGGUGUCUUUCAUUAGCUUGUGGUGGGAGGAAGGGAGCGUGUAGGAAGGGAGCGUGUGCGAGAAGCAGAUGGCGAGCCUGUUGUGUGCACGUUGAUCAGCAUGUGUGUUUGUGUGUGUGUGUGUGUGUGUGUGUGUGUGUGAUGAGCGCAUUUCAUGGGUUACACAUGUAUCGGAUGUGGGCGGACGAAGCGGCGGCUCGGCCCUGGUGCAGAACGUUCUGUUGAUCCCAGCAGUGGCUGGAAUGUUGUAUUUGGGUGUCACUGUGGCUUUCUUUGUUCAUUUGUGUGUCUCGUCAUUGGCUCGCGUUGAUGUGUUCUUCAUUGUCGUAGUUUUGUUCGUAAUCUGUUUCAUUGAUUCAUCUCACCCAUGCAUGUCGAGUGUCACCACACGCCAAAGCGUGCCAUUGCGACAAGAAUGAUGAUGACGACGCUGUGGAGCAUGCAAGCGCGAAUCUUGCUUGCCUGGUGCCUCACAGCAACAAUAAACGCAUCAACCCAA